AUGCUGCAGUUCAAUCACCAAAUCAUCGAUGAUGGCGGCAGCGCCCGCGACAACAAAGCAAUCCUAGGGCUCGACCUGCAGAGCGCCUUCGAUAAGGUUAAACACGCGGCGAUUCUGUCCCAAGUCUCCAAGCUCAACAUGGGAGAAAGAUCCUACAACUACAUCAAGGACUUCCUCACGGACAGGACCAUCGAGCCACGAGCAGGCGACCUACAGACGCAAGAGAAGAAGCUCGGGAGCACCGGCACACCGCAGGGAUCGGUCAUUUCGCCGAUGCUGUUCAACCUGGUAAUGAUCGGAGUGGUCGAAAAGCUCGGGCACAUCGAAGACGUCAGGCACAUCAUCUACGCGGACGAUAUCACGAUAUGGGUGACUGGUGGCAGCGACGCCCACAUCGAGGGCGCGCUACAAGCCGCCGUCGACGCAAUAGAAGACCAGCUGGAAGAAGACGCUCAAUCAAGAACACUCCCACCGCGGCUCGAGGCAGCCGCGAAGAGCUACGACCGACACGAUCAGCUCUGGGCCGUGCAGCAGGCCCUCGAGGCGCUCGAAAGGCACGGACCCAGCGAGCCGGCAGCAGCGAGCGGAGAACCGCGCCGAUGGAGGAUCUUCAGCGUUCCCAACGUCAGUGAUGUCCCCUCCGCAAGUCGCUGGACGCAGUUUUCCCGGGAGGCAGUGCUGGGUGAGCGACGCCUUGUUGCACUCGGCGUGAAGACGGCGCUGGAAGACCUGUUUCGGGCGGGUGACCGUGACCGGGGGACACGGAGUCGUAGGGCAAACGAGAUCCUGGCGUCCGCGAGGUAG